AUGAGCAAGAAUAAACCAAACUUACGUCUAAAUGAUGCACAACUUGCAGCAGUGAGGGAGACAUUUAAUCUUGCUGAUGAUGAUUCUGAUGGUAAAAUAACAUUUGACCAGGCCUGUAUACUUUUUAGAGUCUUAGGUCAAACAGUUUCAGAGAAAGAGCUAAAAUUGUUACUUUUAGAAAGUUGGCCAAAUACUGAUUCUAGAUCAUCAAGUACAUCUACAAGUGAAUUACAACCAAUUGAAUUUGAUACAUUUGUAAAAAUAUUUCGUGCAAAAUAUAAGACUCCAUAUAAUGAAGCUACAGUAAUUGAAGCAUUUGAAGUAUUUGAUCCUGAACAUAGUGGUAAUAUGAAAUCAAAGGAUUUUUUAACUUUAAUGACAACUACUGGAGAACCUAUACCCCCAGAAGAUGCUGAGGACAUUUUGCUUUUAGCAAAUACAACUGAUGAUGGGAUAUUUGAUUAUACUUUACUGGCGAAAAGGCUAGUUGAAGGUCCAAAGAAUAUCCGUGUAUUAUAA